AUCGGCUAAAAGAAGGGAGCCGACGUUAACGAAGGCAUAGAAUGAGAUUAUAGAUCAUACCAGUCGGGCAGAUGUCUCACUGUGUAUCUUUCCCUAUGAUUUUUGUGUUACCUUCCCAGUGCAAGGAUCGGACUACGAGUGCAGGGACUGUCGGAGAUAUUGCUCCCAUCAGUGGUUUAAACAAACAUGAAAUGCAUGAUUUGAAAUGCAUAUUAGUACUUAGUAGCGUGGUACAGUCAUUUUGGUCGAAGAAAACAAAAAUACCAAUGUAUUCCUUCUUUUCCACUAAAAAUCAUUAAAAAUUCGCAGAUAUCUUUUAAUAACAAAUUAAAUUAUAAUUUUCAAAUUUUGCUUUGCCAUUUCAACGGGAGGGAUGCUUGCCAUAUAAUAAUAUAUAUUUGCGACCUAGAAUUAAACAGGCGUGCAUGUAAAUACCGUAUCACCGCCUUCACAAGUAACUAUGGUUUUGUAGAUAUAUAACUUUUCAAAAACUUUGUGAAACAAUUUAAUUGUUAGAUAGAAACAACUAUAGAUCUCUAAAAUAUACGACCGGGUCACACCAAUUUAAUUUAAUUUCCUUUUAUAAAUCUCUUGUAAAUAGGUAUCAUAUUUCCGUAUUAAAGUAAUAUAUUCACUCGUGCAGCUAUGCGUGAAAUCCAGUGACAGUGUGAACUAGACCAUGCCAAAUGAUGACUCGGACUAUUAUGUGUUCAAAAGUAUUUGUCUCGCUCUGUUGUAUGUGAAAACCACCACAAUUGUCCUAUUUUCCGCCUUCGUAAUCUUCAACAGAGUUUCCUAGUCCUCGGCCUUGACGGGCAACAUGAAUGCUUCUGAGAAGGAAGCAAUAAAUGGCGAUCAACAAUAUGCUUUACUACCAAACGACGAGCCAAACGAAGAAGAGACUGAAGAGAAGCUGGUCACCAUUCAUGAAUUCCGCGACCAUGAACAUGCGACAACGUAAGUAGAGCAUUGAGUUAUACUAGAUAAUCAACUUGAGUUCGACUUUGAGUAGCUAUAAUCAUAUUUAUACUGAUCAGAUUGGGGAUCAGAUUGUUCGUUUAGGUAUCACAUGUUAUUGUUUGUUGUAGACAACUGUUGUGCAUUUAUUUAUAUAAUAGACUGCCGUGGUACUGGUUUGUGUCUGAGUUAUACCCGAGGAAGAUUCACCGGCGAAGCAGAAUGGAUCGAACUGUGAUGUUUUUCAGGUCGUUCAGACACAAACGGCGAUGCUAAAUUACAUAGGCUAAACCUGGGCUAUACAUGCACUGCAUCAUCAGGUUUCAGACAUAUAUGUGCAUACAGUAUAAGUUAAUUUAAAGGUCUCACAAAAAUCACUACAAACGAACUAUUAAUAAGGUUGGAUUAUAGCUGGCCUCUUGCUAACAAAGGUCAUUUUACUUGAUCGCGUUCUCUGUAAUAAUAGUCAGUUUAAAUCCUAUGCGAGCUACAUUCAUUUGCUGCAAUUUUGAAAGUGGGCCAAAAGACUUCCCACAAGUUGACUUCUGUUAACUGCAAACGGCAAAGUUCAAAUCGUAUUUUGAAGUCAACUGUUACCAACUGUUACCCAACUUACCCUGAAGCGUGAAUAGCCACUUAGCUGUCAAAAACGUGUAGAACUUAUGACCUUCGAAUGCGAUUCGAAGUUUGCCGUUUGCGGUUUAAUAGUGGUGCUGCCGUAAAAGUCAGUCUUAAAGUCGCCGAUAUUUGAUUUUUUUAUAUGUCGCUCUCUCACUGCAAAAUCCGAAGAAAGCAAACUUAGGGUUAGCCAGUUGGGGUUAUAAUAUUCAAGACUACAGGAUUAUAGCCUAUAUAUUUUAUAUAAUAAGUUAGAACUGAUCGGAUUAUAGUGAUGAGCAGCCAAGUGGGUUAAAUUAAAUGCAUGCAUAUACAUGCAUGAGUGCAAGCUUCAACUAAGGCAGCGUUUACACUGUACCGUUUUCGUAGCGUUCUCGUAUUGUUCUUAAUCCUCAAGGGAACGCAAGACAAUAGUCUAGUUCUCUCGAACAAUACGAGAGCGCUACGAAAACGGUACAGUGUAAACGCUGCCUAUAAUAUGCCACGAAUAGACAGUAUACAACCGCCUCAAACUGCAAGGUAAAUUAUUGGACGAAGUAGUUCUGCUCUAUGCUGCACUAGUUUUUCUUCGAAUAUACUUCUGCACUCUACAGUAUAUACAGUUCAUUAUAUCUUGUAGAAUAUCAUGCUGUUCGUGAGCAUGUUUCAGUUGGUUACCUUUGCGAUCAGGCGAUAUCAUCGUCCAUAGAAACUGAUGACAUUUUAUGCACAGUCAUCCGUAUCGAAUUAGGCCUCCACAUUUACGAUCUCGAAGUUGAUUAUACUCGUUAUAUUAAAUGCUCUACUAAUUUUCCUUACGUACAUAAGGGCAAGGGAGUCGUCUUUUUCGUGUGUGUGCUUUUACGACAUUUUUCAUUCAGAAUGCCUCCGUACUGUUAUACCCGUUUACUAUAAUAUUCAAAUUAUAGGAGGAAAAAAUUGACAUAUUGUGAUAUUCAUCUAGCAGCACGUAAUGACAAUGACGACAAAAUUAAACCACAUGCACUUUGUCCACUUUCGGUUUAUUUGAUAUCAUGCAGCAAACCGAUCUUCCCACCAUUGACCGAAAACAAAUUUGGUUCAUAAAUUUGCAAAAUCAUAGCCAAUCUUCAUGCACAGUCUCUUUAAGACUUCACCAAAUUGGCCUAGUAUAUCUACUGGCCAAUCAAAGGUCUGCCAGAAAUAUUUACACAAGCCAGUCGCAUCAGUGCUUUUUUUGGCAGAAUUAAAUUUCAAAUAUGUUGUAUAAUUUCCAUUUUUAAAUUGAUAUCGUCACUAAGUAAAGGAACUGAUCCAAUUAUACAUAGGCGGCGUAUACUGGGGGGAGGGGGGGGGGGAAAUAAGCGGGGCGGACAAAAAUUUACCUGCAUGCCCCGUUCGGAAUUGAGAUUUAUCAACAUUUUUUGUAGAGGAAUGGAAGAUUUUUUGAAUCAGGAAGAUUAUAUACAAUUUUCAAUCCUAACCAGGGACAGCUGCGAAGUUAAAAUGCAACUGAGGCCCUCUGGGAGGAAUCGAACCUGAGGCCCUUCGAUUCCAGAUGGCCUAUAUAUUAUAUUACAAUUUUGCGAGGCAGGCGUAGCAAAUUACCUGAUUUUUUAAUAGAAUAUGCCCUCCGUUUCACACGCCCACACAGUAAUUUACUAAUGAGAGCGAGGCUCCAAGAUCAAAAAAUAUGUGUGAUGUAAUUAUCGCAAGAGUGUAUUUUGUGCGUCAAUUUCGUGGGAAAUCCGUAUUUUUGGGUCAGGCAGAAUAAGUUUAAUUAACGCGUGCACACUAAACUGUAAACACUAUUUUCUGGCUUUCCUCACUGAAAAUUGGUUGACACCACAUCUAAGAUUAGUUGGGCAAUGUCCAAUCUACCAGAACGCCCGUCUAUAUCGUGUGAUGUAGCUAUAACUUUUAUUGAAAAAGGCAAUUGUAAUUUCUAUAAUGCAGAGCAAUUCUUAUAAAUAUAUCGCGAGUUAGUGUGCAGUUAAUUAGUACAGCCAAAUUAUAAUUUGGCAAAUUCCCGACCAUUGUUCACAUCACAUUCACGAUUAAUUAUGUGUAUUGCAGAGAUUUUGAGACCUUACUGCACAUUGUGAAGGCUACCAUUGGAUCUGGUAUACUUAAUCUGCCUGCAGCAGUUAAGAAUGCCGGAGUUGUGGUAAGUAAUUCAUUGCAUAUAUACAGUGUAUAGCAAGAGGGCUGGUUUUAGCAUAGUACCUGCAUGGAGCAUGCAUAAAGUAAGUGCACGAGUUCGAAGGCAUACUAUUUUAAGUAAAUACCAACUACUCAUGCAAGGCUUGUGAGUCCAAACAGACUAAAACAUUAAACUAACAAACUAACAGUCCACCAAAUUCACGUAGCGAAUAUAGCGACGGUAAACUUAGUUUAGGCACCACAAUCUUCGUUUUCAUAACUUCUAAGAAUGCCUUUUCGCAUCGUGUUUGAAUAAAUGUACGUUCUCAUCUCAAACAUGCAGUUAUAAUAUUAAUUCGUUUGAUUAUAAAAAGGAAAUUAUUAAAGAGUAGUUUUAAUUUCUUUCUUCCAGUUCGGUCCAUUUGGUUUGCUUUUUGUGGCAAUAGUUACAGUUCAUUGCGAGCAUCUAUUGGUUAUCAGUUCACGAGCUUGGUGCAGGGUGUAAGUAUACUGACCCCUCAAUUUGGUUAUCAGGUUUACUAGAAACGUAAACUUAAAGUGCCACUAACCGCAAAUAUGAUUUUGGUAGC